UUUUUCCGGAAGAACUACAGAAAGGACAUGGCAGGCAGUUUCCUGCCAUAUCACGAGCCAAGCAUCGUCCAGAUUCUUACUGUAAUCUCAUUUUUCUUCUUCCUGUCUCUGGCUGAAUGGGUUUCUGCGAGGGUCAUUCAAGCUGGAAUUAUCGGGCAGAUUGCAGUGGGUAUCAUAUAUGGAUUACCUCUAGCAAAUAUCCUAGAAAAGCACUGGCAGGACACAUUCCGCGUGCUAGGAGGGCUUAGUGCUCGUCUUGAUCUCCUCAAGAGGAAUUUUAUUCUCAGUCUUCUGGGAGCUGCGGUUGGGGUUCUCUUCCCGAUUGCUUUCUCCUAUUUGUUGCUUUACCUGGGGUUUGGAUAUGGACCCGUAGAAACCUUCAUCGUCGGUGCGGCGUUAUCAGCAACUUCUCUUGGCACCACAUUUGCAGUUAUCAAAUCCGCAGCUCGAUCUAUAGACCUUGCACAGACACGAGUGGGCGCCGUGCUCGUGAGCGCCGCUGUCAUUGACGAUGUCGUUGGCCUCGUCCAACUGAGCAUAAUAGCCAAUCUAGGUAAACUCUCCGGCGGAGGCAAUGCCAACCUGGGCUGGAUCAUCGGCCGACCCAUCGUCGCCUCCGUCGCCAUGGCCGUCCUCACGCCAAUACUUACGAAGCACGUUUUUGCGAGGCUCUUCCGACGGUAUAUCGAGCAUGCUUUUGCGCAGUUCGAUCAUGUCUCCAACAUUAUCCUUAUGGUGCUGGUCCUCUGCGCGUUUAUUACUAUCGCAGCGUACGCGGGUACCUCUGUCCUUUUCGGCGCAUUUCUGGCCGGCACUUUCUUGACCUAUAUACCCAGCAAACAUCCAUCUGGUCCGUUUGUGGUUAUGAGUCGCGAGGAAGGGGAACGCGAGGCCCAUAAGAGUCCCACAUUCGUACAUACCUUUGAGGUGUAUCUCCUGGACGUGCAGUCCUAUCUGAUGGAGCCGCUCUUCUUCGCUAGUAUAGGGUUUGCUAUUCCGUUUGUGCAGCUUUGGACGGGGAAAAGGAUUUGGAGGGGAGUGGUGUUUUCCCUUCUGAUGGUCGUUGCAAAGUUUGCGGUCGGUAUCUGGCUGCCGUUGUGGAAAUACAUUCCACUUCUGUGGCCUCCCAAGCGGAAGGAAUUGUCCAAGGAAGGGAAUAAUGACCAGGAGCUUCAGAACGACUCAUCGAGAGAGAAAAAUGGAAGGGCGCAUGCCAACAGUACCUGGUUGUCUGGGCUGCUCUUGGGCUCAGCGAUGGUAGCGCGCGGUGAGAUUGGACUACUCAUCAUCGAGAUAGGGUUUAAUGAGACGUCCUAUGUGAGUGAGGAGGCCUUCAUUACUGGAGUUUGGGCGAUUCUUCUUAACACCAUCAUUGGACCGAUGGCGGUUGGGCUGCUUGUCAAAUUCUACGGGAAGAGGAUUGGAGAGGGAGAAUGGGGACUGCAAGAGCCAGAGCCUCUACCUGGGGCAAACGAUGAACACAGGCAGAGCGAGGCAUAACCAUGCUUGAGUCAGGGAAAGGCAGAGUUCUUGCGACUGUACAUACUAUACUUGGCGAAGUUCAGUACGGACCAAGUCUGAGCGUCUCGUAUUCAUAGACGGAAGCAAAGCAGUGAGACUAUCGUCGUCAAUCUGCUAACUUCUCAUUGAUCCUCUCAUCGGUUGAAUCG